CCACCCCGUACCCGCCCCGCCCCGCCUGACCCACUCCAUACCCGACCCAUACCCGCUUUAUACCCACCCCAUACCCGCAUAAGACCCGACUAGCCAUAGCAUAAUACGAUUAAAAAAAAAAAAAUUACUACACCUAAUGAAAUCUAACCCAGUAACCCACUUACCCAAUACCCACCCUCAUUCAGUCAUUCACUCAUUCUCAAAACAAAAACCCUAGCCUCACUGCCUCACUCUCUCCUCUCACAGUCUCACUGCCUCACUGUCUCAAGCGCUGAAUCUCUUCCUCAAGCCUCAAACCCCUCUCUUCGAUCCUUCUUCUUCAACCUCGUGGUCCUCGUCUGCAAUCAAAUCUCUUCGAUCCUUCUUCUUCAACCUCGAUCUUGCAAGGCUGCAACUCAUUCAAUUUAGGUAAACGUUUUCGCAUUAUUAUCUUUGAAUUUUCUUAAUUCAAUAUGUUCAAUUAAGAAUUUCUUAAUUGGGUUUUCGAUUGAAAGUAUGUGAUUCGUCUUUUAUUUAUGAUUUGUUCGAUUGCGGUUUUCAAUAUUUCAUUUGAUUGAGCUAGGGUUUCGUGUUAUAUUUGUAUGAUACUUUCAAUCUAAUGCAAUGUAGUUGAUUACUGUUAUUUUUUGUAUGAUAAUGUAUGAAUAUGAUGACCUCCAAAUUUUUUAGUUUAUUAGGGUUUUAAUCUAGAAUUUUCAUUACUUGUUUUUUUAUAUUUAAUUUCACAAAAUAGAUAUAAUAAAGUCGAAAUAUGUAUAGAUUGUAAUUAGUUUUUCUCAUUAAUUUCAGACUUAUAAGUUUAUGUUUAUUAUUUUAGCUUAUGUGUGAUAACUAAAUUCGGAUUAUGUCAUUUGACCACUUAUUCGAUCAUUAUAGAUUUAGUUACUUUUUUUUUUUAUUUAAUUCAUUUACUAAGUCUAAGAUCAAUCUCUGUAGUACACACUAACUUAACACACUUUGUAUAUAAUUAAGUGGGGAUGAAUUUUGAUUGUAUUGUAGUUCAAAAUAUAUAUACUGAUUUUUUACUAAAUUUGAAUUGAAAAUGACUGGCUAUUAGCCUAUGAAUGAUGCAUGGUGUGUGUGAGCGUUUGUGUUUGUAUCUAUGUGGCUCAGUGGCUAUAAAUUUGUGUUGUAGCCUGUAUGUAGUGGUUAGUGACUUAGUGUGAUAGGUGGUUAACUGGUUAUGCAGCAGCAACAAUAUAUUAACAUAGUAGUUACAGUAUGACAUUAUGCAUUGAUAGGCCUUUCAACAUGAUAUCUUCCGAUAGCUGUGCUAGAAGCAUGAUCUGCCUUUGCUGCUGUGCAUUGCUAAUUUGCUAUUAUUAAUUUAUUAUUGCUGUUUCUGAGAUGUCAAAUGUGUUCAAUACUGUAGUCAAUAUGUCUAGUGCAUUAAUUGUCUUUAUUUAAUUUUUACAGGGGAGAAUGACAUCUAAAAAUGAGAAUAACGCUAGUGUUCCCACUUCCGCUAGUAAUACUCCAAUUGCAAUAGAUGAUGAUGAAAGUCCUCUAGAGACUAAUUCCGAUCCUUCUCUCCUACCAAUUACUAGUAGGCAUACUUCGGCAGUGUGGUCUGAUUUUAAGAGAAAGAGAGUUGGGGAUGUGAUAAAAGCUGAGUGCAACCAUUGCUCCAAGCUACUUGCUGGUGGGUCAAAAGCAGGAACUACUCAUUUGAAAGAUCAUAUAAAAAUAUGUCCAAAGAGAGUAUGUCAAGAUCUUCGACAAACAAGAAUGUUUGGUACAAAAAAAAACUUGAAUGAUAAGAAUGACACGAUGACAUUGGCUCCUUACGAAUUCCACCAAGAAGAUGGAAGAAGAGACUUGGCAGAGAUGAUUAUUUUGCAUGAGUAUCCAAUUAGCAUGGUUGAGCAUAUUGGUUUUAGAAAAUAUAGCAAGACACUCCAACCUGGAUUUAAAGUGCCGUCUCGCAACACAACUAGAAAAGAUAUUAUGAAAAGAUAUGAGCUUGAGAAGGAGAAUGUUGCAACCUUGUUGAGGAAAGCAAAGGGUAAGAUUGCCUUAACUACUGACAUGUGGACAGCUGACAACCAGAGAAAAGGUUAUAUGGCGGUCACCUCACAUUUUAUUGAUAAUACAUGGAAGUUGCAAAGUCGGAUCAUAAGGUUUUUAUAUGUCCCCGCCCCUCAUACUACUGAGGUUCUUGCUGAUGCUUUGAAAGAAAGCAUUCAAUCAUGGAAUCUUGAUCUUAGGUUGUCUUCUAUAACCGUGGAUAAUUGUUCAACUAAUGAUGCAAUGAUGGAAAUUUUGAAAGGAGUGUUUCCAUAUGGCUCACUUUUAUUGCGAGAUUGUGGAGAAUUUAAGGAUGAUGAAUAUGCUAAAUUAGUGGGAGAAUUAGAGGAAGGAUUUGAAACAUGUGAUAUCGAUUCUGGAACAACUCGAACAAGUGGACUUUGCACCGAAUAAUUCAAGGCCUAAUGAAUUUCUUGUUAUGUAUUUGAAUAUUUGUAGACUUGUAGUUAUUUUUAAUAUUUGGACUUUGGACAAUUUGGAGUUAGUGUUUUUUUUUUUUCUCUUAUGUACUACUAAUUUUAAGUUUUUUAAUAUGUAGUAAUGUAGUAUGUAUGCCUAAGGUGUUGCACUUUAUGAAAAUGGUUGAUCUUGCAGUGGUUUUUGUUGGAUUUGAGUUAA